CGUGUGCCGUUGAUGCUGGAGGAGGAGACGACGGAGACGCCGACGACGGAGAAGGAGGAGGCUAAAGCUGCUCCGCGCGCGGGGGCUUGUUGUUGCGGCAGCGGAGGCGGCUCUCCGCGGCUCGGUCCGCAACGCUUCCCUGGAAGACCCCCGAACGGCUCCGCCGGCCACAACGAUGAGCGACAACGAUGACAUCGAGGUGGAGAGCGACGCUGACAAACGUGCUCACCACAAUGCUCUAGAGCGCAAACGCAGGGAUCACAUCAAGGAUAGUUUCCACAGCUUGCGGGAUUCUGUACCUUCACUUCAGGGAGAGAAGAUGAAUGCAAGCUGCUAUAUGCUUAACACUGGAAUUUUACAAGACACUGCUGAAAGGUUUAUGGCAAUUUGGGCAUCCCGGGCCCAAAUCCUAGAUAAAGCCACAGAAUACAUCCAGUACAUGCGCCGGAAAAACCACACACACCAGCAAGAUAUUGAUGACUUAAGGCGUCAGAAUGCCUUGCUGGAACAACAAGUUCGUGCACUGGAGAAGGCAAGGUCAAGUGCUCAGCUGCAAGCCAACUAUUCCUCUUCAGACAACAGCCUCUACACCAAUUCCAAAGGCGACACCAUCUCCGCCUUUGAUGGUGGCUCUGACUCCAGUUCAGAGUCUGAGCUGGAGGAGCCGCAGAGCCGGAAGAAACUUCGUAUGGAGGCCAGCUAGAAGAAGCCUUGGUUCCCGCUGCCAUUAGACACUUGCUGGCUGCUUAAGGACUUUCCUUUUUCUUUAGUAGAGGCUCUCGGACUGCAACUUCCUCUAUUCCUUAUCCCUUUCUGGCCCUUUUAAAGUUAACACGACUCUGUGGCUUGGUAGAUUACCGUCUGGAUGACACCAGCCAUAGCGUAGAGCAGAAUGCAAUUCUGCCCUGCGGCUGCUGGGUUCUAGUAACAGGAAAGCCCAGAUCAGUUGAUUAAACUGAUGUCUCUGAGAUUGCCUGGCAUGUGUGGAGAUAGUGUACUCUCCAUGCUUCCACUAGAACUUCACCAGCCUCUCUUGCUUUUAUCAAAAUAUUGCUAUUUAUGAUAAUAAAUCCAUAUAGCCCCAGAAGAAUCUUGGUAAGGAAAGAAGCAUGCAGAAGCAGGUAUGGAUGUUCCUUCUUGCCUGAAGGGAUGAUGCAAGAUUCACGGUGAGGCAUAGAGAUUCAUUUCCUUUUUGUAUUUUGGCAAAUGAUGAAUUGGUAUUUAUUUCCUCCAAAGGAAUCUCUGUCUGGCCAGAUUCCUCCUCCUGCUACGGACAUUGGUAAUGUGAAGCUACAGAUUCAAACCAUGUUAAAUUCUUCCUUUUUCUGUUUUGAAUUUAUCAGAAACAGAGCCAGCUUUUUUAAUGUAAAUAUACACAAGCUUUGUUAUUUGGUACUAAUAAAUGCAUUUAAAGUGUGAAUCUGCUCUCUGGCAAAUGGGCCAGUUUCCCAUGUGAAUUAAAGAGGCCUAGGCGCUAAGCAAGCAAAAGCCUCUUUGUGCGAAGGUGUGCGUGUACACACAUAUGCAUGGAUAUGCACAUGCAUGUGUGUGUGGUAUGUGUGAUAUUUUUUUGUCUUCUUUCCACACUUGUUUGUGACGUUUUCUGAAUUUAGCGUGUACAAAUGUAGCUUGGUCUCUGUCCAGGUGUGAGUCUAUUCCAUGGAACUGAAGUAUGUUGUACAUACUGCCCAAGAAUUGUCUUGCAAGUUAAGGCUUCCCUUUACUAUAAAACUAUAAAUAAAAAAAUAUUUUAUCCUU